CCCGCCUCCGUCUGCCCCCCGCACUCCAUCGCCUCGCCGCCGUUCCCCGCAACCCCCUGCCGACCCAAUCUCACAUCACCCGACGCCUCGUCCUCUCCAGAUCUUACGCCUGCCCGCCCGCCCGCCCGAGCUGGUAGCAGCACCUGUUCUGCUGCAGUCCGCCAAAAGGAAAAGAUGGUCUACAAAAUCCACUCCCAUGCCCAAAUCCAAGACCUGCAGGCCCGCUCCGAUGAGCUGGGCCCCUCCAAUGAGCACAUGCUUGUGAAGCUUGUUUCUCUGGAGUCGGUGCGCAUAGCGUGCGAGUCGUAUGAACUCCUCUGCUCGCUGAUGAUGGAGUCGUCCUGGAAAUGCCCGGAGCUGGAAAUCCUCUCGGUCGUGGCAGGCUUGUCGCUGGAAAUCCAAAAGCUCAAGCAUCAUCUGUUACCCCAGCUCAUGGUUCAGGAGGCCAAGCUGGAACGGGGCGCCCUGGAAGCCAUCCUACUCGUGAAGAACUCAGCAAUUAAGCUCUUACAUCUGAAUAAGUGCUUUGAGGAAGCCUUGGGCAUAUCUUGUGUCGAGGAGGAUUCGGUCACAAAUCAUGUCGAUCUGCUGAGCAUAUUGCUAAAGGAUAUGGCUAUUCCUGUACUUGAAAAUAAUUGCGGCGGUGCCUGGCUAAAGCCGCGUGUCCCGAUGCUGGUCCAGCAGGUCACCCGUGUGUUGGAGAUCCCGGUUCGUUUCUGUUAUUCUGAUGAGUAGACUUAUCAGCCAGCUCGAGGCUGUUGUGAUGAGUAUUUCUUAGGGGCGUGACAAACAGUUUAGAACCAACCCUUUAUGUUUGGAUGUGUUAUUAAUGGAUUUUAAAUGAUAUGUAUCUUGGGUAGUGUUUUCUCAUUC